GCGGGCGUGCGGGCGCGGGCGCGGGGCCCGGGCGCGCGCAGCCGUUGGGGGGCGCGGGGCCAGCGCAUUGUGUCUGGCGGCGCGGGGCGCGCGGAUGGCGCCGCGGGCGCUGGUCACGGCGCUCAGCCUGGGCCUCGGCCUCUGCUCGCUGGCGCUGCUGCUCACGGCCAUCUGCACCGACCACUGGUACGAGACGGACCCGCGGCGCCACAAGGAGCGCUGCGAGCGCAGCCGCGCGGGCCGCGAGCCCCCCGACCAGCGGAGCCGCCUGAUGCCGCUGUCGCACCUGCCGCUGCGGGACGCGCCGCCCCCGGGCCGCCGCCGCCCGCCGGGGGACCCCGAGGCGUGGCGCGCGCUGCUGGGGCUCGGCGGGCUGGACGCGGCGUGCGGGCGGCCGCUCUUCGCCACCUACGCCGGCCUCUGGAGGAAGUGCUACUUCCUGGGCAUUGACCGCGACCUGGACGCGCUGGUCCUGCAAGGCAUCGCGCAGAGGUGCACGGCCAUCAAGUACCACUUCUCCCAGCCCAUCCGCCUGCGCAACGUCCCCUUCAACCUGACCAAGACCAUCCAGCAGGACGAGUGGCACCUGCUCCACCUACGCAGGAUCACCGCCGGCUUCCUGGGCAUGGCCGUGGCCGUCCUGCUCUGUGGCUGCAUCGUGGCCGCCGUCAGCUUCUUCUGGGAGGAGAGCCUCACGCAGCACGUGGCCGGGCUGCUCUUCCUCAUGACAGGGAUCUUCUGCACCAUCUCGCUCUGCACCUACGCGGCCAGCGUCUCCUACGAGCUGCAGCGGCCGCCCCAGCUGCUGUACAGCCUCCCGGCGGACGUGGAGCAUGGCUACAGCUGGUCAGUGUUCUGCGCCUGGUGCAGCCUGGCCUUCAUCGUGGCGGCCGGCGGGCUCUGCAUCGCCUACCCCUUCUUCAGCCGGACCAAGCUUGCUCACCUCAAGGUGGGCCGGGACUCGUCUGUCUGACUGGCUCCCCGCGGGCGCAGCCCAGCUCUGGACGGGACCCCACGCACAACGGCCCCGACCCUGGUGCCCGCUGCCCUCCCGGAUGACCGAGAACCAGACAUGGCCCCGCCUGCGCCCCGUGGACUCGAUGGCUGUGGGUUCAAGUGCUUUAAA